AGGCUAGAGUGAUGGUGGGCGUGACGCAGGCGCGCAGGGUGUUGUGUUGUCUCCGGCCAGAACUGCUGCGCGCGCCACAGGUGCAGCCGCCGUUACACCGAGCGCGUGCACGGUGUGCGAUUUCCAGCCCGUGCCCUGUGCGGCACGUAUAAGCUCUUCCGGUCGUUCUUUGGUCGUUGUGCUGCCAACAUCCUCUGUAAAACUGCCUGCAGCGGAGUGGGAGAUGUCCCAGCAGUGGGUGAGGAGAAAUGGCUCCCCCACACCUCCGGUCAACCCCGCUGGCGCCGGUACAGGCAAUGCGUCGGGGGGCCGCCUUCAGCCUAUGCGAGCCACGGUUCCCUUUCAGCUAAAGCAACACGGCAGCCCUACACGGGUGAAUAACAACAACGGGGCCGCCCUUCGCCCUCCUUCCCGGAGCAGCAGUCCUACUAGAGGGAAUGGAUCGAAUGGCAACGGCGUGGAGUCUCCCCCGGCGGUGACCAGCGCCAGAGGAAGCCCCACCGUGUCCACCCAAACAGGGGCGUCACCCCCCCGUGGGCAUCACCACCACCAUCACUCCCACCAUCACCACCACCAUCAUCAGCAGCACCACAGCAACCAGCAGCCUGGAGCCGGCUCCCCGACCUCCAGCAGCCCAGCUGUAGACUCCAGCACACCGGGCGUACCGUCAUCGUCCUCCCCUUCUCCUGUGGGCAGGCCAGGCUGGCAGCAGAGGAGCUCCCCAGAGAGCAAAAGCCCGAGCUCCCCGAAAGGCCCUAAGGUUUCCCCACCUUCCUGCUCCGAUCCUCCAGCACUGAGUCGGACGGCACUGACACUUGAUACUCUUGCUGCUCCUUACCUCUCCGGUCAAUGGCCCAGGGACCAUGGGCAGACUGCUCCAUGCAUGUGUGACAAGUCUACACAGACAGAAAGUGCUUGGGCCGAGGAGUAUGCUGAAAAGAAGAAAAGCUCUCACAAGCGAUCUGCAUCCUGGGGCAGCAAUGAGCAGCUGAAAGAGAUUGCCAAGUUACGUCAGCAACUUCAAAGAAGUAAACACAGCAGCAGACACCAUCGGGAUAAGGACAGACAGUCUCCUUUUCACGGCAACCACACGGCAAUUAACCAGACAUCUAUGUCCAAGAAUGUACUCACUCCAAUGACUAUACCUAUUACAAAGUCAUCUGGGUCCAGAUUUCGGAAUAGCGUAGAGGGGCUGAACCAGGAGGUGGAGAUUAUCAUUAAAGAAACUGGAGAGAAGGAAGAACAGCUUAUGCAUGGAGAAUGCUCAGGCCUUCCUGAUGUCAAUGGGAACAUUACAAUGAUUUUCCAGCAUCUGCAUCUUCAGCCACAAGAUAUCCCCGAUGGACACCGUGCUCCGCCACCACUUUCCCUUCGGAGUGUAGAUACUCAAACACCUGGAAAUGACUGCAGUAACAGCAGCAGCCGCGCACAAUCCAUAUCUCCUGCUUCGUUCAUUACCAUAUCAAAUGAUUGUACUGAGGAAAGCCCAUGUUCAGCUGAGGACACACUAGCAGAUCCCAGAGACAAAGAAAAUGGAAAUCAUUCUCCUCUUCCCAAGUACGCUACAUCUCCAAAACCAAAUAACAGCUACAUGUUCAAGAGAGAGCCACCUGAGGGCUGUGAGAGGGUGAAAGUGUUUGAAGAAGGCUUGCCGAAGCCCCUGCAAGAAAUCCCACAAUUCUAUUGUCCGGACAAGAACAAAGUGAACUUUAUUCCAAAGAGUGGCUCUGCCUUCUGCCUUGUCAGCAUCCUGAAGCCUCUUCUGCCCAAUCAGGAAUUUACCUUCAAAGGCACCAACCACAGUUUGACCGUGCCUUCAGUUAUCCCUCCAUCAUUGGUUCAGAAUUUCAGCAUGGCCUCCAUAUCAUCCAACAUGGAACAGGAGCGCAGUUCUCGCGGUACAAACACACUUGUAUCACCAAUGUCUCUACUGCACCCCACCGGCCAGAUCGAUGAGGAAGAUGACUGAAUCUGGGCUAUCUUUCUCUGAGCUGGAGGACUGCACUGAUUUCAUAAUACUCUGGAUGCAGUAUUUGCCAUAAACUUAUUUCAUUACUGACUGUAUUUCUCAAUUUGAACGAACAGCAUGCCUUACCAUUGAUGGUAUUGAGAUGAAUUGAUCUGCUCAGUGUCUGAUAAUGGAAAGGGCUUUCAUUGUUAGCCUUUUGUCACUUUUUUUUGUUUUAAAAUCUGACUCUUGCUG